UUUCCCACAUCAAACAUGGCUGCUGGUCUUCUACGUUGCUAAAGAAAAACAAGGCUCGUGGAGAAUGGCAGACAUUGGAGCUGACGAGCUUUUACAGCUUGAAUAUUUGUCUUUGGUGUCUAAAGUUUGUACAGAACUUGACAACCAUCUUGGAAUAAGUGACAAAGAUUUAGCUGAAUUUGUUAUCAACCUCGCUGAAAAACAACCGACUUUCGAUGGUUUCAAAUCUCUCUUGAUCCAAAAUGGAGCUGAAUUUACAGAUUCCCUCAUCAGUAACCUUCUUAGACUCAUUCAGACUAUGCGACCUCCUUCGAAAGCAUCUACAAGCAAAAGCUCUGAAGCUGUGGUUAAACCAAAGUCAGAAAAGGACAGGUUAAAGGAGUUGUUCCCAGCACUGUGCAGGCCAAAUGAUCCUGUUCCAAGAAAACUACUAGAUGAAGAUGAUGUGAAGGUAGCUGCAGAUGCCAUGAAAGAGCUGGAGAUGUUUAUGCCCAGUGUCAGUGGUAUAAACUCUAAAAGCAGCAAAAGCAGAUCAGAAAAGAGCAGGCGACACAGCCGGAGCCGUAGCAGAAGCAGAGACAGGGAUAGAGAUCGACACAGAGACCGGGAGAAAGACAGAAAGAGACGCCAUCGAUCUCGCUCCAGGUCUAGAUCUCGUUCCAGAGACCGUGACCGUCACAGAGAGAGAGACAGAGAGAGAGACAGAGACCGUGGCAAAAAAAGGGACAGAUCUUCCCGCUGGAGUGAGCGUUCACCUAGUCCACGGAAAGAGCAAGACAGAGAGUCUGACCGGUGGAAGGACAAACAUGUGGACCGGCCUCCACCAGAGGAGCCUUCUGUUGGUGACAUCUACAAUGGAAAAGUCACCAGCAUAAUGCAGUUUGGGUGCUUUGUUCAGCUGGAAGGUUUGAGGAAACGAUGGGAGGGUUUGGUCCACAUUUCAGAGCUACGUCGGGAGGGUCGAGUGGCCAAUGUGGCUGAUGUUGUCAGUAAGGGCCAAAGAGUCAAAGUCAAGGUUCUGUCAUUCACCGGCUCCAAGACCAGUCUGAGUAUGAAGGAUGUGGACCAGGAUACAGGGGAGGACUUAAACCCCAACAGGAGAAGAAAUGUAGGCCCAGACGGAGGUGAAGAGACAUCAAUGAGGAACCCUGACCGGCCAAGUAACCUUAACCUGGGCCAUGCUCCUGAGCUGGAACAGGAUGACACCCUGGAGCGCAAAAGGCUCACUAAGAUCUCUGAUCCUGAGAAGUGGGAGAUCAAACAGAUGAUUGCUGCUAAUGUUUUGUCCAAAGAAGAAUUCCCAGACUUUGAUGAUGAGACGGGGAUCCUUCCAAAGGUGGAUGACGAAGAAGACGAAGACUUGGAAAUUGAGUUAGUGGAAGAGGAACCUCCAUUCCUGCGGGGGCACACCAAACAGAGUAUGGACAUGAGCCCUGUAAAGAUCGUUAAGAAUCCAGAUGGCUCCCUGUCCCAGGCGGCUAUGAUGCAAAGUGCUCUGGCUAAGGAAAGGCGAGAGCUGAAGCAAGCUGCACGUGAGGCAGAGAUGGACUCCAUCCCCAUGGGGCUGAACAAACACUGGGUCGACCCACUGCCUGACGCGGAUGGUAGGCAGAUCGCAGCCAACAUGAGAGGCAUUGGCAUGAUGCCCAAUGAUAUCCCAGAAUGGAAGAAGCAUGCCUUUGGGGGCAACAAGGCCUCAUAUGGAAAGAAGACCCAGCUCUCCAUUCUGGAGCAGAGAGAAAGUCUUCCUAUCUACAAGCUGAAGGAGCAGCUCAUUCAGGCCGUCCAUGACAACCAGAUCCUCAUUGUUAUUGGAGAGACAGGUUCGGGGAAAACCACUCAGAUCACUCAGUACCUCGCAGAGGCCGGUUACACCACCAGGGGGAAGAUUGGUUGUACUCAGCCUCGUCGUGUGGCUGCCAUGUCUGUGGCCAAAAGGGUCUCAGAGGAGUACGGAUGCUGUCUAGGACAAGAGGUGGGCUACACCAUCCGUUUUGAGGACUGCACCAGCCCCGAGACCGUCAUCAAGUACAUGACGGACGGUAUGUUGUUGAGAGAGUGUCUGAUAGACUCUGAGCUGGGUCAGUACUCUAUCAUCAUGUUGGAUGAAGCUCAUGAGAGGACGAUCCACACUGAUGUUCUCUUCGGUUUGCUCAAGAAGACGGUACAGAAACGCACAGACAUGAAGCUGAUUGUAACGUCCGCUACGCUGGACGCCGUCAAGUUCUCUCAGUAUUUCUACGAAGCUCCCAUCUUCACCAUCCCAGGAAGAACUUACCCAGUAGAAGUACUCUACACCAAGGAACCCGAGACGGACUAUUUGGAUGCCAGUCUCAUCACUGUCAUGCAGAUUCAUCUAACUGAGCCUCCUGGUGACAUCCUGGUGUUUCUGACUGGUCAGGAGGAGAUCGACACGGCCUGUGAGAUCCUCUAUGAGCGAAUGAAGUCUCUGGGACCUGACGUUCCUGAACUGAUUAUCCUGCCCGUGUACUCUGCCCUGCCCAGUGAAAUGCAGACAAGAAUCUUCGAUCCUGCACCUCCAGGCAGCAGAAAGGUCGUCAUUGCUACCAACAUUGCAGAAACAUCACUGACCAUUGAUGGUAUCUAUUAUGUAGUCGACCCCGGCUUUGUAAAGCAAAAAGUGUACAACUCUAAGACUGGAAUUGAUCAGCUGGUAGUGACACCCAUCUCACAGGCCCAAGCAAAGCAGCGGGCAGGUCGGGCUGGCAGAACGGGUCCAGGAAAAUGCUACAGGCUCUACACGGAGAGAGCUUACAGAGAUGAGAUGCUGACCACCAAUGUGCCUGAGAUCCAGAGAACCAACUUGGCCAGCACCGUACUGUCACUGAAGGCAAUGGGUAUCAAUGACCUCCUGUCUUUCGACUUCAUGGAUGCUCCUCCUAUGGAGACUCUAAUCACAGCCAUGGAGCAGCUGUACACGCUGGGAGCUCUGGAUGAUGAAGGCUUACUGACACGUCUGGGCAGAAGGAUGGCUGAGUUCCCUCUUGAGCCCAUGCUGUGUAAGAUGCUGAUCAUGUCCGUCCACCUGGGCUGCAGUGAAGAGAUGCUCACCAUUGUAUCCAUGCUGUCUGUGCAGAAUGUCUUCUACAGACCAAAGGACAAACAGGCUUUAGCUGACCAGAAGAAGGCCAAGUUCCACCAACCUGAGGGUGACCACUUGACCUUACUUGCUGUCUACAAUUCCUGGAAGAACAACAAGUUCUCCAACCCCUGGUGUUAUGAGAACUUCAUCCAGGCCCGCUCCCUACGCAGAGCUCAGGACAUCCGCAAACAGAUGCUGGGUAUAAUGGACAGACAUAAACUGGAUGUUGUAUCUUGCGGUAAAGCCACAGUGCGUGUCCAGAAAGCUAUUUGCAGUGGCUUUUUCAGGAAUGCAGCCAAGAAGGAUCCCCAGGAAGGAUAUCGAACACUUAUCGACCAGCAAGUGGUUUACAUUCAUCCGUCCAGCGCUCUGUUCAACCGCCAGCCGGAGUGGGUUGUGUAUCACGAGCUGGUGCUCACCACCAAAGAGUACAUGCGUGAAGUGACCACCAUUGACCCUCGCUGGCUGGUGGAGUUUGCACCUGCCUUCUUCAAAGUGUCCGACCCCACUCGCCUCAGCAAGCAGAAGAAACAACAACGCCUCGAGCCUCUGUACAACCGCUACGAAGAACCCAAUGCUUGGAGAAUAUCACGUGCUUUCAGGCGACGUUAAGUCAUGUGUUUUCAUAGUGGCAAUGAAGGCAGAUGUACGGACCAGACGUGAACUCUUCAUCACAACAUCAAUAGUUCAUGAUGUUCACUCCUUUUAGACAUUGUAAAUAUGUCGUUUUUUUUCUUAUUUGUCCAGGAGUAAUAGAAGAGAGAACAUUGUAUCGCGUGAGAAGGUCACACUGUAGAGUUUAACAAUCAUUGUUUUUAGAAAACCAGGAGCAGUUAUAGCACUGAAAUAGAAACAAAAAUAAAAGAGGAUUAAGGUUAAUCCUCCACGUGAACAUUCUGAAUUGGGAUAUUUAUUUGAACCCUGUAAACUGCAACAAUUUUAGAAGCAGAAAAUGGAAAACCAAUGUUGUUUUAUUAAAAAAAAAAAAAAAAAAAAGGACCUGGACAUUCAAAAUGUGGCCUAUAUA